AUGAUAGAGAAAGAGAAUGGAGAAACCUGCUAUGAAGAAAGCCAAAUCGCAGAAACAGUGGCAAACUUCUACUCGGAGCUUUUCACGUCGCAGGAGCGUGAUAGAGCAGCUAUGGUGGAUAGAAUUUUGGAGCCACGAGUCACGGAGGAGGACAACAAAGCGCUAACGGCCGAGCCUUCGAAAGAGGAAGUAAAAAGGGCACUCUAUGCCAUCCACCCGGACAAAGCACCAGGUCUAGACGGGUUCUCUGCUAGCUUCUUCCAGUCUAACUGGGAUGUAGUGGGAGACACUAUCACUUCUGAAGUCAAGACUUUCUUCUCCACAUGA